GGCGAGGCAAGAGCCUGGGUAGGGAGGCAAAGCCAGCCCGCCAGCCCCGGUCCCUCCGGGCCUCCCCACCCCUCCCCCUUCCCCCCCACAGCCCACCCGCCCUCCCCUCUCCCAGUGGUGGCGGUCAGCUCCAGGAAGUAUUUCUUAAGAAAAUUACUCAAGAGAAUCUUCCUCAAUUCUAUUUUAGUUAUAGAUUCUUUAUCUAUAAAAGCUACUCAUUAAUCUUACAUACUGGGUGAGGGUGUGGUCCAGAGACGGAACUAAAAAUUCCUUGUCUUCCGAGAAUGUGUACCUUUUUGAAAAAAAAAAAAAGUUAGUGGGAACGAUUCUAGGACAUAUCCAAUCAGGAAACAAACAGUGAGAGGUAGGCAGGCGCAACUGGUGUGCCAGGUUCUCUAACCUUCUGCUGAGCUGAAACCCACUUGUUUUGUGGAAAAUGUCUAAAAUGAAGAAUCCCCGGACUUUUGAGGAGCAAACAGAAUGUAUCAUGAAUGCUCUACUCACAGACUUUUUGACCCCAACAUUACAGGUUGCUAACCGGAACCUACCAGAGGCAGAUGAACCAUAUUCAGGAGAGGCUUGCUCUUUUGAUGUGUCUAUUAUUGCUGGCCGCCUUCGAAUGCUGGGUGACGAGUUCAAUGGAGAAUUGGAAGCUUCUGCCAAUAAUGUCAUUGCAGAAACCAUUCAAGGACAGGCAGGAACUAUACUCAAGGACACAGUACAGUCUCUCAGCGUGGCCUGGUGUGCUCAGAACCCUACCCUAGCUUUUGAAAGAGCCUUUCUGGCAGUGUCUGUGAAACUUCUUGAAUAUGUGGUCCAUAAGGCUCCUGAGAUGGCAAGACAGGUGGCUAACUUCAUGACAGGCAUGAUCAAUGAGAACACGACCAUCCGAGAAUUUAUCCAGGGCCAGGGAGGAUGGGAAAAUCUGGAGAGCUGAAGAAGUGGGGUUUGCCCCCAGACUGAACAUCACUUCCUCUGAUGUCUGACAAUUAAAACACUUUCUUCAACA